AUGGCCGAUAGAUCGACACCAAGGUCACAGCCUCAGUACGAGCCCGUUGAAUCGGAAGAACACGAACUGCGUCACUUAACACAACAGCAUGAUGUUCCUUCUAGUACGGCAUCAGCCGGCGGCAACAAAAAUGGUGCUGUAUUCUCCUCCGACAGCCUGGAGAGGCAGCCCGGGAAGACAGACCCAGCGAGUUGGAGACUGAAGACAAUCUUGAAGAAAUGGCGCAUGCAAGCCCUCGAAGCAUCAAUCCGAAAGAAGAAGAACCGACAGGUACCCAUCGUCAAAGACCGUUUCACUGCCAUACUAGCUGCUCUGGUGCAUCUUCCAGCCAUUGCUGGAAUUAUUACCUUAAGCUUCUACAUCUUCAAGAACUACUACAUCGGUAAGGAACUUGAAGGCAAGCCCGAUUACGAUGUCGAGAAGAAACUCGGUAUCCAAUUUGCUGCGAAGCUCAUGGAAAUGUUCAUCGUGCUGUCACUCAACGCUAUCGUCUUUUCCAUGAUCCGACACGAGUUUACGAUCGGCCAGUCUGUUCCAUACGGCGCCCUUGUAGCUGGACAGCAAAUAUCCGAGAUCAGCUUCCUGUGGUCUGAGGAGUUCUUGAGUAUUGUGAAGGGGAAGUUCUCUCAGACUUGGAAGAAGAUCGGCUUCAUCAUCACCGUCUUCGUUUGCACGAUCAUGGCGCUGGGGGCGUCGUCGCUCAGUGCCGUUGCGAUGAUGCCGCAGGAAGGAGACUGGAGAGCGGGCGGCAGUUUCGUCUACUUCAAUGGUACCAGAGAUGAAUUGUUUCCUGGCGUCCUGACUGAGGAAAACACAGGCGGAUCUGCCUGUAGUGUUACCGGAAAUGAGCGUUGCCCUUCUUGGCAAUGGGAUGUCAUCAACAGCCAGCUCAUCUCCAAGCUCCCACUAUCAGGUGAAGUGGAUAAUGGCUUGUUCAUCAGACGACCACCGAGCGAGAUUCUAGUCGCCGGAUACUCUUCGACACUGGUCAAUCUCGUAGUGGAUGUCAGAGAGAAAUGGUUCAACCUGAACAGCCCAAACCAUACGGUCGCCAGAAUGCCGCAUCUCGGACCCGCUGAAGCUUGCAUCACAACGUCACUGCACUGGGAACAAGCUGCGGACGAUUCAGCCAAGAGAAAACAGACUCGAUUCAACAACUUCCAAAAGCUUGCCCAUAAGCUCAAUGCACCGAUGCCAAUCACCAACACGAGAUGUGAGCUGACGUCCGUGACCGACGCCAAAGCAAAGACAAUCUUGUUCCCCGACUUUGUGGCCUUCCCACCAACAACGCUGAACGUCACAAAGGACGUCGUGAGUGAAUGGCUAUCAGACACUCUGCCUGAUUUGAACAAACCCGAAGUGUUGUGGUUUGACUCAGCACCAGUCAUUGCCAACAGCUCUGUUGGUGUCGUGGUCGCCGCGCCGUCCAACAAGUCACGCGAGGCAGCCGAUAUUUACGGAUGUAUGAUCGAUGCACGUUGGAUCACCACUGAGCUGAGUGGAGAUGCAGUCUCGCUGGCCAGCAAAGGAUACCCGCCAUUCUCAGGGUCUAUUGCCACAGCGCUUGGGGGCUCUUGGAUUGGAAGCCCGGGCUACGGUCAACGCGUCCAUCUCGCACCUAGCUUCGCCAAAUACCUCAACCCUCUUGACUCUAGAACGAACCGAACCGUCAUACACGAAAUGCUUCUCAACAGUGGCGUAUGGACAGCUGAUGGGAAGGGUUCGAAGUCCACGGCGCAUCUGGAGGCAGUUCUUGGAUCAUUGACGGCUAACGGCUUGGGCCGAUCAAAUCCGAACGUCACUGCCAUUACAACCCUUGCUGAUCCAGAUGGUGAAUGGUGGAGGAGCUUUAUGCCGCAGGACGGUAAGGUGUUUGGUCCUGGUGGCAGCCCAUAUGCUGUAUCAGACGAGGACAAAACUCGUCUCUUCAGCGCAGAGAUGGAGACGUGGGUGACAGGGUUCGCGUUUGCUGACAAUAGCUUGACCAUGCGCGGAGCCAUGGCUGUCUUUUACGUCUAUGCACUCCUUGUCAUCGCGUACUCGAUCUGGUCUAUCUGGUCAGGCAUUACUUCAUCUUCAUGGGAGUCUGUGCCGGACCUUCUCGCUCUCGCUCUUGCAGAUCGAGGAUCGGGAUCCGAAUCUGAGGAAUUUAGCAAAGAAUCCCCGGAUAUUAUGAAGGAAAACUUUUGUAUUUCUGCAGAUGGAAAUACGCUGAGGCUUAGGGCGACCCAUGGUCUGGUGCCGCCUGAGAACCCAGAAAGGAGAUCGCAACUAUCGCCGCCCCCUCUGAAACGUAGUAUAACACAGCGCAGGCUCAAUCCUGUCCUGGCUGCUUGCGAGCCAUGUCGUAAACACAAGGCCAAGUGUUCUGGAGAGAGGCCAGUAUGUCGUCGCUGUCUUCAGCGCAAACUCGCCUGCAACUAUGUUACGCGACCAGGCGAAACUCGCUCACAGGCACUAAACCGAUGUUCUCACGAGGCCUGUGAGGGCUCGAGUCAACGCUCAAGUGUCUACGAGGAACUCAUCGGGCUGUUGAAGAACCUACCGGAUCAGGAUGCCCAGGCCAUCCUGCAAAGGCUCAGGUCGGGAACAGACGUCGCAUCAGUUCUAACUCAGGCCAGAGCAGGCGAUGUAUUACUUCAGAUGGCCGUCGUUCCCGAGACGCGGUUACGAUACGAGUUUCCAUACAGAUCGGAGAUGCCCAAAGAGUUUGAACUCAACAAUCCUUAUCUGAACUCAAUGCUGUAUGAAACAGCCUCUCUCUAUUCCCAACACCAAACAACAGAGACAAACGUACCCGGACAUCUCGCUAGUCUGGGUUCCGAAGAGCAAAGAAGCCUUUACUUGAAGCCCUUCCGUGCAGCGCAAGUAUUCGAUCCUCUACUUUCCGACGUCAAAGUCUCAGUGUGGACCAGCGUCUCCUUUCACAAGGACUUAUUUUUGGAAGACAUGGCAGCGCGUCGUAAAGACUUUUGUUCUUCACUGCUUGUCAACGUAACUCUUGCAUAUGCUUGCGUCUGCUACCCUAAUUUCACCAACCGUGUCGAGUAUUGGAAUCCGAACACUCUUGUCUAUCGCUUCAAUGCCGAGGCCAAGCGACUAUGGGAGCUGGAGGCUUCUAUCCCGCGUAUGACUACCAUCCAGGCAGGUAUCCUUUUUAGUGUGUUUCAUAAUCUCUGUGGGCUAGACGAAGUUGGGAAACCUUAUAGGGUACAUGCUGUGGCUUUGGCAAACCAGCUUCGCAUCUUCGACACCAUCGACAUUGAUCAGAGCAAGAGGAUACAGAGGGGCACGCAAAACCUGGCUUGGGCUAUGUACAACUGGGAAACUCUCUCUGCUUUCUCGUUCAUGCUGUCGCCGCUCAUCAAGGAGCCACCAAAAUGGCCACUUCCAGAUCCUUCAGAAGAUCCGUCGUGGUAUGGCGAAAUAUGGGUCAAAUAUCCAUUGAAUCACGGCCUUUCGCCGAUGUAUCUUGGGGAAGUUAUCCAUGCUCGGAGCCAGUUUCGAAUCAUCAUGAAUGAGUUUUGUGACGCAGCAUACUCAGAAGGUUCCAAGGUAGGAGUUAACCUGGCGUAUCAGUUCCGCGAAAGGCUGGAAGGAUGGUACGAAAACUUGCCCGCACUUCUAACUCCAAGGAGGAUUGUUCUUCCUGGGCAGCUACAACUACAUAUGUACUAUCACCACUUACUAUUGACAAUCUUCGAGCCUCUGUAUGAUGCAGAAACGACUCGAGAGCCUUCUCCGCAGCGUAUCGUAGCCGACUCGAAGAAGAACAUGCAGACACUUGUCAGACUGUACUACCUCCGACAUGGUUUUGAAGCAAUGGACCUCUUCAUCGUCAUCCCUUUGAUGGUGAUGGGUUAUGACAGCAUAGAUGCCAUCAAGGAGGAUACGCCAACAGAAGAAAUUGAGUUGCUACGAUCGACUCUCAUUCUGAUAGCCCAAGGCCUCUACUACCAACGAAGAAACCAAUACUUGGCGCAAGCACUUUUUAGAGUCAUUCGAGGCAAAAUGCGCCCGCAGGAGAUUGGUUUACUCAAGAGUUCGAUGGCGUUGGAUAAAUACGAGACUGAUCCAGAGCCAGAGAUGGCAGUGGCUGUUCGAAGUCACUGGCCAGUGAGCGUUGUUAAGAAGCAUGAGGACAUGGAGUCACACAUUCUGACCAAUCUCGUGGAGAACUUUGGUCGUGUUAAUCUUGAGGAAAUCCCAUGA